CCGGCCGGACGGAGCGGGCAGCGGGCACCAUGGAGCCCCCCUCGGCCUCUCCCCGAGCAGGGCGCGGCCCCUGGCAGGAGCUCCUGCUGGCCGUCUCACUCUUAACCUUCUGGAACCCGCCCACCACUGCCCAAGUCACUGUGGAGUCCGUGCCUCCCAAUGCUGCUGAAGGGAAGGACGUUCUUCUGCGAGUCCUCAAUCUGCCUGGGGAUCUUCUAGGAUAUGCCUGGUUCAGAGGGAAAAGUGUAGAGACCAAUAAUCGUAUUGUGUCAUAUGUGGUAAACACACAAGUGAUUACCCCUGGGCAUGCACACAGCGGCAGAGAGACAGCAUACCCCAAUGGAUCCUUGCUGUUUCAGAACAUCACCCUGAAGGACACGGGGUACUACACCCUACAAAUCAUUACAAAUGAUAUUCAAGUUGAACAAGUACCUGGACAGCUCCGAGUAUUCCAUAAAAGAAGCACCACAGGUCUCCCUGUGGGGUCUAUCAUUGGCAUUGCACUCGGGGUCCUGAUUGGAGUAGCACUCAUGGCUACCCUGGCGUAUUUCCUGCUCUGCACAAGGACUGGAAGGGCCAGUGCCUGGCAUGAUCUCAGACAGCUCUGGCACCCAGCAUCUACCCCUUGCCAUGCCCCAGUCAGCAGCUCCACAUCCCCGGCCUCCUUGCCCAGCCCCACAAAAGAGGUUCCUAUAUACCAGGAAUUACAACACCCUGACACAAGCAUUUACUGCCAGAUUAACCACAAAGCAGAAGUAGCUUCUUAGUCUCACCUUGGAA